AUGUCUUUAGACGCAAGAUUAGAUGCAAUUGAAAAGCUCACUGAUGCUGGCCUCGGGAGCCUCAUUGUGCAUCCAGGCGACACUCUGUAUGAUGAGCGGAUCGCAAGUUACUGGUCUAAGAGCCAGCACGUCCGUCCAUGGUUCAUAGUCCGGCCAAAGACUUCGGACGAGGUGUCCAGGCUUUUGACAACUCUUAUUAGUUGCCCAGACUGUAAAUUCGCUGUCCGCAGCGGCGGUCAUACUGUCUGGACAGGUGGCAGCAAUAUUGCCGAUGGUGUGACGGUUGAUCUCGGUGCCAUGAAUGAGAUCGUCUACAACCAAGAUACGAAGAUAGCUUCAAUUCAACCGGGAGCGCGAUGGAUUCAAGUAUAUGAAGAACUCGAUAAGCAUGGUGUUGUAGUAGCAGGUGGCCGGGAUGGCAACGUCGGUGUCGGGGGCUACCUAACCGGUGGCGGCAUAUCUUGGUUUCUUCCACGCUUUGGAUUCUCUUGUAAUCAAGUCGUCAACUUCGAAGUCGUGCUUGCUGAUGGAGGGAUUGUACAAGCCAACAGGGAGGAGAACCCGGAUCUCUAUCAAGUCCUCAAAGGGGCAUCUGGCAACUUCGGUAUCGUGACGAGGGUUGACUUGCUCACCUUUGUCGAGCCACUCAUUUGGGGCGGCACGCGUCUCACGAACAAGUCAACUACGGCUAUCCAUAUAAAGGCUCUGAUAGACUUCACAGCCAAUCUCCAACGCCAACCCGAAAAUCACUGUGGCGUAGGGUGGUCUUAUCAACCAGACUUUAAUGAUAUUGUCUGCCUUCAAUUCAUGUCUAACACUAAGGGAGUCGAGAGGCCGGCGGCAUUCGAGCAAUGGCUCCGAUUGCCCGCCAUGGUAGACACGACCGAGAGGGUUACAGUAGCCGUCCGUGCUAAACAUGCAGAAGAACCUGAUGGAUAUUACACUACUUGGCUGACUUCGCUUAUCAAGAAUAACGAGGCCACAGUUGCAGAAAUAGUAGUAAAGCACAAUGAGAUGGUGGAAAAGCUCAAGUCAAAAUUCCCCAGCAGCAGCGACUUUUGGACACUGGCGCUCUUCCAACCUAUGCCUGGCUUCAUCGGCAAACUUGGUCGCGAGCUUGGAGGUAACAUCAUGGGUCUCGACCGGAUCGAGGACGACGCGCUGCUCGUUUUGACCGGUGUUCAUGUGAAAGAAGCAUCAAUGUUUGAGAUUGGAGAUGCGCUAUGCAAGGAAUUGCAUUACCAGAUUGACUCUUUGACUCGGAAGAACGGUACGAACCUCGACUGGGUAUACGUCAACUACGCAGAUGCCAGCCAGGACCCUUUCAGAUAUGCAGGUCAAGAGAAUGUGGCAAAGAUCAAGGCUGCUGCACAAAAGUACGACCCCUCCGGUGUUUUCCAGACCCGCUGCUUGGGGGGCUUCAAGAUAUCGCAAUCGAAAGCUUCGGGGUAG